GAGGGGGGCAGGUGUAAGAGCAGGCCCAAGGAGAGGGCAAGGUAGGGGUAUAAGAAUGCGUGGUGGUGGCAUUCCAAGGGCUACAAGAACGGUAGUCAGUGAUGAAAUUCGUGCCACUAUCAUUGACCAUGUCAUCAACCAUGGUCUUUCACUAAGAGAGGCUGGUGAAAGAGUGCAGCCCAAUGUGAGGCGGUCAACAGUUGCCUCCAUUGUACGCAUUUUUCGACAAAGCAACAGGUAUGUAUUGCAUUUUACAUGGAUUAUUUGUAUUCUCACUUGACAUGUCAAUACAGUAAGGCCAUACAGAAACGCUAACAUAGAAUUUUUUGUCCCUCUAAAGGAUGCAACGUCUUCCUCCCUCUGGGGGAAGAGGAAAGCUCCUCAAUAAUGAUCAAGAGCUUGCCAUUGUGGAAAUGGUAGUUGCAAAUAAUGCAAUAAAACUCCAUGAACUGCAAACUCGGAUUGUAGAAGACAAUGACAUGUUUGAAAAUGUUGACAGUAUCAGCCUCACAACAAUUGCACGGACAUUAUCCAAACACAGAGUGCGGAUGAAGCAGCUCUACACUGUUCCCUUUGAGAGGAAUAGUGAAAGAGUCAAAGAGCUACGGCAACAAUACAUCCAGAGAGUUAUGGAAUUGGAGGCCAACCAGGCACCUCAUGAGUUCAUCUACCUUGAUGAGGUGGGAUUCAAUCUGGCCAAAAGGCGUCGUCGUGGACGAAAUGUUAUUGGACAAAGGGCCACAGCUGAUGUGCCAGGACAGAGAGGGGCAAACAUAACAAUGUGUGCGGCGAUUUCAAACGCAGGAUUGCUGCUUCACAGAUGUCAGGUUGGACCCUACAAUACAGAGCGCCUCCUUGCCUUUCUUGAUGAUCUCCACCAUCACCUCAUCCCACAGCAGAAUCAAGAAGGUGAAAACAUGAGGACCUUUGUGAUCAUCUGGGACAAUGUGGCAUUCCAUCAUUCCCAAGCAAUUACAGCAUGGUUUGAAGCCCACCCAAGACUAGUGCGUCUGUUCCUUCCACCCUAUUCACCUUUCCUCAACCCCAUAGAGGAGUUCUUUUCUGCUUGGAGGUGGAAGGUUUAUGACCAUCAGCCACAUGACCAGAUGUCCCUCCUUGAAGCCAUGGAUGCUGGCUGCAGGGAAAUCACAGCUGAUAACUGCCAAGGGUGGAUCCGUCAUACUAAACGCUUUUAUCCCAGGUGCAUUGCCUUGGAUAAUAUCAGAUGCGAUGUUGAUGAAAACAUGUGGCCUAACCCUGAAGACCGCAGAGAUUAGAUAAUUACUUUAGAAAUGUUGUGCUUUUAUUAUUUUGAGCUUUUUGCAUUUUUUUUCUUUUUCAGAAUGUUCUUUUGUGUUUCAUGGAUAUUUUGUUCACUUUACUGUAAGCAGUACUGUAAAAGUGUUCUGUUCUAUCCCACUGUAAACAGUACCUAUAUCUACUGUACCUCUUGUAGUAAACAGUAAAUGAAUAAAAAAAUGAUUUGGUUUUUAGUGGAAUGCUUUUACAUACAGUUCCCAACCAGGAAAUUUAGUGUAGAAAUGUUGUAUUGCAUGUUUUACAUGCAAAUAUCUGUAAAACUGAAACAAACACAAGUCUAUGCAGUAAUAUCAACAAUAGCCAGUGUUUUGAAGCCUGGUGUACUUUGACUGACUGCAUGUACCUUCUGAAGUGAAAACAAGUGUUAUUCUUUGACAACAUAAUGUCAUUGUGGGUCAGAUUUCCAGUGUUUUGGUAAAGUUAGUUUGUACAGAGAAAGGUGUGUUCUAUUUUGAAAUGAAGAGUUAGUAUAUAUUUAACAAUAUGUGUUUUUGAGAAGAAAAUUAUCCAUUUGGCCAAUUGUGCUUUGUAGGUGUGAGUCUGUGUUAAGAGUUUAGAAAAAGUAUCAGAAGUAUGGGUGAGUGCUUGUUAGCGACUGAAAAAAA